GGUCCAAAUAUGAGCACUGGUCCAAUUAUGGGCUACUCCUGAAAUCUCUUCAUGUAUGCACCCCCGUCUAGCGUCAACACCGCUAACUAUUUCGUCUAUAAGUAUUCUAACGUUAGUGUGCCUUGCAGCCAUAUUUGUUCACGUGUUUAUUUUUAAAAGUGGAAAAAGUUGUUUUUUUGCAACAUUGUUCAGUGCAAAUAUUUAUCAGAAUGCCGAGAAAAACACCAAAAUAUGUUCCUCAAGGAAAAAGACAGUUUUGGAACCCGGAAGAUAUGGAAAAAGCUGUGACAGCGGUAAGAGAAAACAAAAUGGGCACUUUAAAAGCGGCAAAGACUUUCCACGUACCUCGUAGCACAGUUCAACGGCUGUCUAAAAAGGAAAAUCUAUCUCCUGCUCAAGUAGCACGCUCAAAAUUAGGUAGAAAAACGUUUCUGCCAGAUAAAAUGGAGGAAGAACUUGUUACGUACCUUUUAGUUAUGGAACAGAAAUUUUUUGGAUGCACUAUUCAGGACUUGAGGCGGGUGGCAUUUCAACUCGCUCAACGCAAUAACAUUCAAACUCCUUUUAAAUCUAAUGAGGCUGGAAGAGCAUGGACUGAUCUUUUUCUAAACCGCCAUAAAGAUCGCUUAUCUAUCCGUAAACCAUGUGGAACUUCUUAUGCGAGAGCUCUUGGUUUUAAUAAAGAAAACGUAAAAAAGUAUUUUGAUUUGCUUGAAACAGCUUACGAAAAGCAUAAUUUUACUGCCAAUCGCGUCUAUAACGUCCAUGAAACAGGCCUGUCAAUAGUUCAAAGCAAGAUACCGCAUGUGAUCGGACGAAAAGGAAAGCGGCAAAUAGCAGCAAUAACAUCCGCUGAAAGAGGUUCAACGAUUACAAUCAUUGCCUGUAUGAGUGCUGGUGGCGAUUAUGUACCACCCUUAAUUAUUUUUCCUCGAACCAACAUGACGCAAACUUUAAUGAAAGGAAGUCCUCCAGGUUCUAUUGGCCGUGCUCAUCCCUCUGGUUGGGUUCAAAGCAAUAUUUUUACAGAGUGGUUUUCUCAUUUCAUAAGCCAUACGAAACCAACUAAAGAGUCACCAGUUUUGCUUGGUUUGGACGGUCAUUACAGUCAUGUUAGAAACAUAGAUGUUAUUAAUUUGGCUAGAGAAAACCAUGUCACCAUUGUUUGCUUUCCUCCUCACUCAACACAUAAAUUACAGCCUUUGGACAAAACAUUCAUGGGACCUCUCAAAGAAUACUACAGCGAGGAAGUAAGGCAGUGGCUUCGACACUCUGGCCGGCCAUUAACUCCUUACGACAUAAUGGAGUUAUUUGGCAAAGCUUAUUUGAAAGUUCAAACAGGAGAAAUAGCUGUCAAUGGGUUCAGGGCUACGGGAUUGUAUCCUUUGAAUAAAAAACCUGCAGCACAGCAGCCUAUGUUGAUCAGACACCACCGGCCAGUAUCUUAUGCACAAGUGUAA